CAGCUGUUGUGCAAUUACUCCUCGAUAAAAAGAAAGCCCUUAAAAAUAUCCCACACGAACAAUUUACAGCCGCCCGUGGAAAAUCUAAUCCUUAUGAAAAAGUUGGCCACUCGAUUUUCAUGAAUCGAUCCGCUUCUAAAUUAGCAUGUUUGGAUGCAUUGGUCAAUUUUACCGGUGUAAAAAGAUACGAUCCAGUAAAAGAUCUGGUAUUCUGGUUUACAGAUUUAUGUGGAGGGCCGGGCGGAUUUUCAGAAUAUAUAUUAUGGAGAAAACAUUCUUAUGGUGAAAAGGUUUACGGUUGGGGCAUUACUUUGACUGGUGAUCAAAAUUAUGAUUUAAAUAGAUUCAUAGCGGAUGCUAAGGUUCGCGAAUGUUUUAAACCUUCUUAUGGUGCGGAUGGUAGAG